AUGGCUGAUCAUGUUGAUGACGUCGAUUUUUUAACCCCAAAGAAGUCCAAGAAGGCGGGGUUGCUGGGAACUCGGCGUACCUGGGUCUUGCUGGAUUCAGAAGGGAAUCCCCCCGAAGUAUUGGAAGCAGGAAAGCAUGCAAUCAUGAGGCGCACUGGUCUGCAGACCCGGGAUCUUCGUAUUCUGGACCCGCUCCUCGGCUACCCGGCCACCUUGCUCAGCCGGGAGCGGGCUAUUGUGGUGAGCCUCGAGCAUAUCAAGGCCAUUAUCACUGCCCAUGAGGUCAUCUUGCUCAAUUCUAAAGACCCUUCUGUUGCUCCCUUCGUUGAGGAGCUGCGCCUGAAAAUCUUCCGCCACCACCAAGCUGUCCUCACCCCGUUGGGGGACAAUGUGGACUUCUACAAUUUGGAAGAGCCUCAAUCAAGAGCCUUUAUUGCUUCAAGUUGUUCCAGAAGCCCCCUAAACAUGAAUGAAGGUCUAGGAGGUAGCAAACGACAUAUUGCAGAGAGCAAGGACGGACCAAAGCUACUUCCACUUGAGUUUGUUGCCUUGGAGGCAUGCCUUGAGUCUGCUUGCAGUUGCUUGGAGAAUGAAGUUGGGGCAUUGGAGAAAGAAGUUCGUCCUGCUCUUAAUAAACUGACCUCCAAUAUUAGUAGCCUCAACUUAGAGCAAGUGCAGCAAAUCAAAGGCCGACUGAUUCCAUUAACCAAACGUGUGCAAAAGGUUCGCGAUGAGUUAGAAAGUCUGUUGAAUGAUGAUCAAGAUAUGGCUGGGAUGUAUCUGACUGACAAACAUAUAGAAUGGCAACUUGAAAAUUCUUCAAAUUCCUCUAUCGAUGAGGAAUUUGCCACAACUGAUGAAGAAGCUAAACAGCCAAACAUGUAUGAUACUUUCCCUCUGAAAUCUCUACUCAAUUGGGGGCCCAACAGUUGUGAUGCAGGUAUUCAACAAUUACACAACCAGCAGGAACAUUUAUUUUGUGAUUCUAAUUUGGUUGACGCUGAAAGUAGUCUAUGCCAUACCAAUUCAAGGCGCAGUUCCAGAAGCAAACAACUUCAUGUGGGAGAUCUCGAAAUGCUUUUGGAAGCAUAUUUCAUUCAGAUUGAUGGUACAUUGAACAAGUUAUCCACACUGAGGGAGCACAUAGAUGACACAGAAGAUUAUGUGAACAUCGUGCAGGAUGAUAAACGUAACCAACUGCUGCAAAUGGUGGUUAUGAUAAUGACAGCAACCCUUGUGUUGGGAGUUUUCAUAGCUGUGGAAGGAAUAUUUGGGAUAAACAUUCACAUAGAUGCAUGGGGUGACAAAGAAUAUGGGACGCAAAAUUUUCUCCGGAUGAUUGGUGGCGGUAUUGCUGGUACGCUUCUCUUGUAUGGGGUUGCUAUUGCCUGUUAUAGGCACAAAAGAUUGCUGUAG